AUGCCAAAAUUUGAUAUUAUUGAUGAUCAUUUUGGUGAACUAUUACGAGUUCAACUAACAACAGCUAUGGAUAUUGAAGAACAUACAUCCGAUCGAUAUGUACAUCUUAGUCAAGAACAAACAAUUAAUGAACAUUAUUCACCACGUACAAUAUCAUCUGAAAUAUCACCAUUACCAAUAUUAUCAAUGGAAAUAACAAUAAUUGCACCUGAAUCUAUAAUUAAUGCUGAAAAAUUAGCAAUGCCAAUGGAUACAUUAAUUCCAUUAAAUCAACAAUUACCAACAGAAGCAUCAGUACGAAUGAGAAUUGAUGAUCAAAAUGAAACAAAACAAAUGGAAAAAUUAUUAAAUAAAUCUAAAAUUGCACAAAGAAUAUUAACUAAUUCUGAUGAAUCUGAUGAUCUUGCUGAAGUACAUCGUACAGGUCAAGAAAUGGCUGUUCGACGAGGUCAAUCAAAUCGUAAACAUAUUAUAUGUUCAAAAUGUAAUAAAGGUUUCAAACGACUUGAUCAUCUUAAUGGUCAUAUGUUAACACAUGAAGAAGAAAAACCACAUAAAUGUCGUUUACCAAAUUGUAAUCGAACAUAUUGUGAUGCACGUUCAUUAAAACGACAUAUUGAAAAUACACAUCAAGAUAUUUUAGCUGCUAUACAUGAAGGUGGACAUAAUGAAUAUAAAAAAUUUUUACCUGAAAUAGCAUUUGUUAAAACAAAAAAUUUAUCAAUACAUAAUGAAUUUUCAAUUGAUUCUAUUGAUAGUAAUUCACCACGAUCAUUAAUUGAUAAUGAACAAUCAUUUAAUAAUCGAACAUCAACUGUAUCUAAACCUAUGACAACUUAUACAUUUGAUGGAGAAAAAUGUGUUGAACGUCAUAUUUGUAAAAGAUCAUUUAAAAAUGGUGCUGCACUUAAUGGUCAUAUGCGUUUACAUGGUGGAUUUAUUGAUAAACCAACAUCAUCAUCAUCACCUUUAAUUGAAAAUACAGAAAAAAAGAAACGUUUAUCAACAACAAUAAAACGAAAACGUAUUAAUUCUCCAUCAAUAUCAAUAAAAAUAAAAAAAGAAGAACAAGAUAUAUCAAUGAUUUCAACAACAAAUAAUAUUUAUCAAUCACAAUCAUCAUUUACAAAUUUAUCAUCAGGUUCAAAUAUUAUUUCAAAACAUUUAUAUAAUACAACAUUAUUAUCACCUGCACGUCCAUCAUCAUCAUCACCUAAUAAUUCAAUUUCAACAACACCAUUUUCUCAAUAUACAAUUAAAAAUCCUUUAAAUGUACAAUCAACAAUAAAACAAAAUCGAAUACCAACUUCAUUAUCUACACAUAUCAUUCAUCCAUCUCGAAUAAAUAUUCAAAAUGUAAUGAUACCACAUGAUCCAAUGGUAAAUCCACAAAUAUAUCUGAAUACAUCAUCACCAUUACAAUUGUAUGAUGAGAAAAUUAAAGAACCAUCAUCAUCUGAGAACUAUUCUCAACGUCUACAGACGAAUGGAAUGUCUUUGCAUCAUUCAUAUGUUGGAUCAUCAUCAUCAUAUCAAUCUCCAUCACAUAUUCCACAAUAUCCAAUACAUUCAUCAUCACCAUCAUCAUCAUCAUCAUCAAUUCCAACAAGUCUAUUAUAUCAUUUUCUUCCAAAUGUUGAACGAUUCAAACCAGAUUUUUGUCUUCCACAACAAAUAUCUUCAUCAUUAAAUGAAUCCGUUCGUUAUACACAAUCACCACACUUUGGUCAUUUACCUGUACAAAAUCCAACUUCAUUAAUGAUAAAUACACCAAUAACAUCACCAUAUUCAAAUCAAAGUACUAGUCAUAAUUCACCAUUAUCUCCAAACCAAAAGUGCAAUAAAGAUAAUCAUAAUAGGCAACUAUCACCAAAUACAUAUUCAACAUCUUCAUCAUGUUCAUCUUUAUCAUCAUUAAAUAUUAUGACAUCACAAAAACAAAUUCAAAAUACAAUGAAACAAGAAAUACAAGUUAAUAAUAAACAACAACAACAACAACAACAAAUUAAUAUUGAAAAUCAAACAUCACCAUUAGCAGUACUUGAAAUUGUUCCUGAUAUUGAUAGUCCAAUAAAAACAAAAACAACAUCAGCUUUUCUUAUUGGUACACCAUCAUCAUCAACUGGUACAAAUUCAUCAUCUUCAUCAACAUCGAUUAAUACACAUUUUAAUUAUGAUAAUAUUCAACAAAUAAAAAGAUCUGAACCUACGCCAAGUUCAUUUUAUUGGCCAUCACAAUUACGUAGACAAUUAAGUCUUAAUGUUACAAAUAAAACAUUAGAUCCACUUCCAUCAACACCAUAUACACCACCACCAAUGCUUAGUCCAUUUCGAAAAGGUCCUGGUCUUUAUUAUCGUGUUUUUUCUCAUCCAGGUACAUCAACAGAACCAUCAUCAAUACCAACAACACCACUACCACCAUAUACACCUAUUGGUGAAGAAUCAGCAGGUCCAAAAAUUAAUAUUGGUAAAGAAUAUCAAGCAAUUAUUCCAAAAUGUCGUACAAAAUUACAAGAUGAUGAUGAUGAAGGUUCGUAUAGUAAAUAUCAAAUUGAUAAUAUGCGAAUUACUAGUUCUUUUCUUGUUUCUCAUUAUCGAAAGAAUAAAAACUAAUAAUUGUGUAUCCGUUGACCUUUAGAGCUGAGUUAUGGUCGUGGACUCGAAUUCAUUUAUGAUUUUCUUAAAUCUCAUAUGAAUAUAUUCGUUCAUUAGUCAGAGAAAGAAAUUUCAAGGAUAGUUAAAAUUUGAUUGAUACGUCAGAUUUUACUUCCUAUAAAAUGCUGUAAUUAGUAUUUAUAAUAUUUUUAUUAGUUCAUAAUUGAUGCUAAUUGUUUUUUUUUGUUGUGGUAAUUGCUGAUGAAUUAUUAUUUUCACCAACAGAAUUAUUAUAUCU